AUGGAUUACGAUAUUAUCAUUGUUGGCGCUGGUAUCUCCGGCAUCAACGCGGCCUACCGCAUCCAAAGCCAACUCCCCAGCCAUCGGUAUGCCAUUCUAGAAGCCCGCAACGCCAUUGGCGGAACGUGGGAUCUCUUCAAAUAUCCUGGCAUUCGAUCCGACUCGGAUCUGUUUACGUUUGGGUUCUCGUGGAACCCCUGGAAUCAGGACAACCCGAUCGCCGAGGGCGCCUCCAUCUCCAAAUAUAUGCGCGAUACAGCUGCGCAGUACGGCAUCGACAAGCACAUCCAUUUCCAGCAUCGCUUGCUAGCGGCCGACUGGUCGUCCGCCGACAAUGUGUGGAAGCUGGCCGUCGACUAUGAGGGCGAGCCCAAGUCUUACACUGCGCGCUUCGUCAUCUUCGGCACAGGAUACUAUAACUACCAUGAGCCACUGGCCGCUGAUGUUCCCGGCCUCAGUCAAUUUCAGGGCCAGGUCAUCCAUCCGCAGUUCUGGCCCGAGGAUCUCGACUACACCGACAAGAAAGUGGUCAUCAUCGGCAGUGGCGCGACGGCGAUAACGCUCCUCCCCAAGAUGGCUGAGAAAGCGGCCAAAGUCACCAUGCUUCAGCGCAGUCCAACAUACAUCCUUGCCUUACCCAAUCGUCAGAGCUCGCUGUUGAGCUGGAUCCUCCCGAACACAGUCAACCGCAAACUGCAACGCCUCCGAUGGAUCUUCACUUCCCGGCUUUUCUUUCUUUUCUGUCAGACCUUCCCCUGGAUGGCGCGGCUUCUUCUCAAGCUCAGCGUCGUGCGGCAGCUCCCUAAGAACACCCCCCAUGACCCGCACUUCAAGCCGCGGUACAAUCCCUGGGAUCAGCGUCUGUGUAUCUGUCCCGAUGGCGACUUCUUCAAGAGUCUCCACACCGGCCGUGCGGAUGUCAAGACAGACACCAUCCGGCAAGUCACGACCAACGGCAUCGAGCUGAACUCGGGAGACUUCCUCGACGCCGACAUCAUCGUGACGGCGACGGGGCUCAAGCUGCAGAUCGCGGGGGGCACCUCGAUCACAGUGGACGGCGAAAAACAGCGAGUGUCCGACAAAUACCUCUGGAACGGAGUGAUGCUGCAGGACCUGCCGAACGCAUCAUUUGUGAUCGGCUACACCAACGCAUCAUGGACGCUGGGGGCCGACGCGACGGCGCUCUUUGUCUGCCGCUUGCUCAAGUGGAUGGAACAACACCACAAGCUCGCGGCGACCCCGCGGCUGAACCCGGUGCUGGCCAAGCAGAUGCAGCCCCGACGUUUGCUUAACCUGAACUCGACGUACGUGACGACGGCGGAGAAAGAUCUCCCGAAAGCGGCCGAUCGGGGUCCCUGGCAGCCGCGCGACAACUACCUGUCGGAUCUGAUGUUUGCCAAGUAUGGGCGUCUCGACGAGGGACUAGAAUGGGUCGAUGGGGACUGGAAGAAGCAGCAAUAG